GGUCAGUCUGAGAAGCAGCUGUUCGGGGCUGGUGAGAUUCCAACAUGGCUGUGCACGAGAUGAUCAGCAGCAGCAGCGUCUAUGGCUUAAAAAUGCAGUGGACCCCCGAGCACAGCCAGUGGGCCGAACAGCACUUCGACAUUUCCUCCACCACGCGCUCGCCGGCCCACAAGGCUGAGGCCUACAGGGCGGUGCCCGGCCACCUGCAGCGCUCGGCCGCCUACCAGUACGCCUGGGCAAACGACGACAUCUCCGCCCUCACUGCCUCCAACCUGCUCAAGAAGUAUGCCGAGAAGUACUCCGGCAUUUUGGAGAUGCCGGGCUCAUACUCUGAGACCUCUGGGGUGAUGAACGGACGCAAAGGUGAGUCGGAGCCCUGGCAGGACGGCGUCUACCCCAUGAGCUGCAUCCCCGAGGGAGUCUCUAUCCGGAAGGGAGGCGUGGCGGCGGCCUCAGAGGUGGUGUCCGGCAUGUGCAGCUCCCCGGGCCUGGCCUCCAGCACCCUGAGCGAACCCAGCUACUCCAGCAGCAGUUGCGGGAGCCACACCGCCACCGCCCUCCACACCUCCUCCAUGACCUCCCAGGAAUACGCCCCCCCUUACGGUGGCUCCUACCUGCACGGCAGUUACGGCUCCCAGUCCGCUCCAGCCCCAGCGCUCCCCUCCCCGCUGCACAGCUCCGGGCUCUUGCAGCCCCCCCCUCCGCCACCCUCCCACCCCACUCUGGUCCCAGCUUACAACGGAGGCUCUCCCAACGUGUCUAGUUAUAAUUACCCCCCGGCGGGCUACUCGGCCCAGAGCUCAGUCGGGCCAGGCUACAGCCCUGGGGGGGCACCCCCUCCAUCCUCGUACCUCCCCUCAGGCAUCGCCGCACCUACACCCCUCCCUCCCUCCUCCGCUUUACCUGGAUACCCAUACCAAAGCCACAACCUGACCCCAAUUGCCCCAACGCCUCUCAACAGCAACUCCUCCAACACACUUAAGAGGAAGGCUUUCUACAUGGCCGGCCAAGGGGACCUAGACUCUGCUUACGGCAACUUCGGCUACGGCCAGGCCCGGAGCGCUGCCGAGAGCCCCAUGUACAGGAUAGCUGACAGCAGCAGCGCUAACGGCGGCUCCAGCAGCGCUGGGGGUGGGGGAUUCGACCGGAGUGCUGAAAAGUCUUCUUUACCUUUUAACCCACAAAAGCAGUCCACAAUGUCCUCAGAGCAGCAGCAGAGGAAGUACAGCAGCCAGGCAGCGGGCGGUCCGUUGACACCACCGGCAUACGUCACCUCCACCCUGGGGGGGUCCCGCUCGACAGACUCCCUCGCUAGCUUUACCUCCCCCUCUCUCAGUGAGCAAGGCGCCGAUGACCACCGUCUCCACCUCUCCCACUCGGCGCCGGGGCCCACCUCCUCCUCUUCCACUUCCUCUUCCCGGCCCGCUGAGGAGCAGCUAAAAAGCAGUGACCCCCACCUUCUGGACAUGGUCACCUCUGAAAUUGUUCAGCAAGGGCCCCCGGUGGAUUGGAGUGACAUUGCCGGACUUGAACUGGCCAAGGCAAGCCUAAAGGAGGAAGUCCUGUGGCCCAUCCUACGCCCGGACAUGUUCAGCAGUUUGGGACCCGCCCCGCGCUGCGUGUUGCUGUUUGGGCCACAGGGCAGCGGUAGGACGUUGCUGGGUCGCUGCCUGGCCAGCCAGCUGGGGGCCCCAUUCCUCCAGCUCAACGGGUCCACGCUGGCCACCAAGUGGCUGGCGGAGGGGGAGAAGAUCCUCCGUGCAUCUUUCCUAGUGGCGCGCUGCCGGCAGCCCUCAGUGCUGUUCAUCAGCGAGGUGGACAUGCUGCUGUCGGCACACCUCAGCGAGGAGAGCCCUGUCAACCGACUGAAGGCGGAGCUCCUCGCCCAGCUGGACUCGCUGCUCAUGGGCUCAGGCGACGACGGAGGCAGCCAGGUGUUGGUAGUGUGCUCCACGAGCAGACCACAGGACAUGGACGAGGGGCUGCGCCGGUACUUUGCCCGAAGGGUCCUGGUGCCCCUGCCGGACGGCGGGGCCCGGCACCAGAUCGUGGGUCAGCUCCUGGCUCAGUCUCAGCACAAGUACUGCCUGAGCGAGGAGGAGCUGGCGCUGCUGGUCCAGCGCACCGAGGGUUUCUCCGGCCUAGACGUGGCCAGACUCUGCCAGGAGGCCCUCGUGGGAUUGUUACACGUCUCGGCACAGGGCAUGGACAUGUCGGGUAUGAUGCCCCGGGGACAGGUCCGGCCCCUCACCUACCAGGACUUUGAGAGUGUCUUUUGUAAAUUCCAAGCCAGUAUAUCACAGAAAGAGAUCGACACGUACAUUGAGUGGAACAAAAUGUUCGGCUGCAGCCAGUGAAGAGAUGGAUUCCGCCCUUGAGAAGAAAAGAGGCUUCCACAAUUCCUCCCCUCAGGGCAGAAGCACUGUGCUGGAGGGAACGGUACAAAGAAAGGCCAACACGAGCCCAGCUGAGUUCUCACAAGCAGGGUUUUUAGACACGCCGGGAGACCUGGUUUGACAAGACUACUGGCAGGUUCGCGGUUAAUGAAUAAGAGUUUUAAUUUGAAUGCUCGACACCCCAGACAGCCGGGCGUUGUUUACACAUUGCAAAGCAAGAUGGCUCCAUAGGAGACGCCCCAGUGUCUGUGUAUAUAGAUAUCGUUAUGUUCUUGAGAUUUUAGUUGGCUAUCCAAGUGCCUGAAGUGGUGCUUUCUGUUUUUUUUCUUUUUUUCCGUUUAUUUGCCUCACGAUCUACAUUCACGGCAUGAGCUGACGACUAUUAAGAGCUUUAAAACUUCCGAGAAAACGGAGAUCAUCAGUCACCAUUGUCGACUUCUUUAUUGUCCAGCUCGGAGCAGCGGUCUUUCGGUGCGUCAGUAGUCUGGGCAGCCGACCCGCACUCAUCUCUUCUGAUCUGCGAAACAAACGUGACAAACAAAACUCAGGAAAGCGUUUGUGAAUUGUACAUGACCUCAAGACAUCUGGACAAAAAAAGCAGUGAGAUGGGAGGGGAAAAUCCGGGUGUGGUCUGGCUUAUUUUCUGUUUGAUAAACAGUGCUAGCUGUACCUCGACUGGCUAGGAUAAACAGCAAAGAGGUGUAAAUGAAUGUACUACUUAUUUAUUUUCCUGACAGCAGGUGCCUAAGUUGCCUGUUUUUUACUUGACCAACAUAGAAGCUUUUUUCCAUUGCUUUUAAAAAACGUUUUCACAUUUUAGUGGGUUUCUAAGAGACAACGCAGGUGUCGGGGUGUUGGAAGUUAUGUAUUUAUUGACACUACCAUAAUCAGCAUUGUUUAUAUAAGCGAUCUAGGCUGCAUGGAGGCUCCAUUGGUUUGUCAGCUAACUUCUGGAAAAAUAAGUAGCUCAUGUGUCAUGUUAUUAAGGGAGAGUAGACUUAUUCUCUGGCAUGGAUGAACUUGAUGCUUGAAACUCCUCCAUUAAAAGCUAAAGGAACAGUUUGACAUUUGGGAAAAUUCAGCAAAAUUUGCUUAUCUUACCGAGAGUUGGAUGGGAAGAUCCAGCGGUUAGCUUACGGUUGGCAUAAAAACAAGCUUGCCUGGCUCGGUGAGAGCGUAACAAAGUCAGCUUUAUAUUUUUACUUGAUUAAUCUGUUCAAAAACUCAAUGAUUUGACUCGCUGCUGAGCUUACGGGCUACAGCCGAGUAUCACCAGACCGACCAUGAGAGUGAUUCUAAGCUAACAGGCUGUAGCCGAGUAUCACCAGACCGACCAUGAGAGUGAUGCUAACAGGCUGUAGCCGAGUAUCACCAGACCGACCAUGAGAGUGAUGGUAAGCUAACAGGCUGUAGCCGAGUAUCACCAGACCGACCAUGAGAGUGAUGCUAAGCUAACAGGCUGUAGCCGAGUAUCACCAGACCAACCAUGAGAGUGAUGCUAAGCUAAUAGGCUGUAGCCGUGCAUCACCAGACCGACCAUGAGAGUGAUGCUAAGCUAACAGGCUGUAGCCGUGUAUCACCAGACCGACCAUGAGAGUGAUGCUAAGCUAACAGGCUGUAGCCGUGUAUCACCAGACCGACCAUGAGAGUGAUGCUAAGCUAACAGGCUGUAGCCGAGUAUCACCAGACCGACCAUGAGAGUGAUGCUAAGCUAAUAGGCUGUAGCCGAGUAUCACCAGACCGACCAUGAGAGUGAUGCUAAGCUAACAGGCUGUAACCUCGUAUCACAAGACCGACCAUGAGAGAGAUGGUCAACAUUCUCAUCUGACUCUCAGCAAGAAAGCAAAUCUGGAUUUUUCAUUAAAAAUAUCAAACUACUCUUUUAGAUCACAGUGAUAUCAAUUUACUGUAUCCCUUUGUGCCAAUUAAAUGUAGACUUAAUGUCAUUCCACAGAUUUCCUCGCUGGGAAUCAAUAACAGUGUAUCUUAUCAUUUAUGUAGUUUACUAGAUCAGCCAUAAAAUUUCUAUUGGGAAUCGGUAAGCAGCCCAUCUGUUGCGUUCCGGCAAAAUCAGCCGGAAUUUUUUUUUAAAGCAAGGAUUAAGGGGAGCUCAUUCCAGAUAUUCUCCCAUUAUUUUUGGUUGAAUUUGAUAUGAGUCACAAAUUUGGACUUUUGCUUUUGUUCUGCUACAUUUGAACUGGAUUAUCUGUCAAAUGUGAGGCCACUCCUGUAAUUUAAAUUAGACAGGGUGACGUACGGCACAUAUUUUAUAUGCUCUUUACUAGUGUGGAAAGGAGACACAAAAUGACUGUGUUUGCUCGGGGCUGGAGGUAAUUUCAUAAUAGUAAUUCUGAUUGAUUGACACCUCUUUAAUGCAAAUAGUAGUAUUACUUUCCAACCAGCUGGUGUACACAGUCAGCAAAACUUUAAAGGCAUAUUUUAUAUCAUGUUAAGUGGAUCGGAUAAUUCUAACAAAACGUCAGGCCCAGACUUUCUAAUCCAAUUCAAACAGCAUUUCUUUCCUCUUGUCAUCUGUAACUGUGUUGCUCAGUUUAAAUUGUUCAUUAUAUUUACACGGAUAAAUGCAUUUAGACGCAUACUUCAGUUGGCUGAAAGGCUUUGUAACAUUAGUGUGGAAUUGUGGCACUACUCUUUAAAAGUUCUUUGGCUCUGAAGGUUAUCUGUCGCCCAUUGUGUGUCGCGUUGGAAUGUAUUUUCUGUCCUUUCUUCGCUGCCCUUUGACUCUGUUGAUUGUGACACAGCAGAGCUUAAGCUGCUUUAAUGUCCAUGCACUGAAGCAUUUAUUUUGCGUGUGAUAUUGUUUUUUUUCCCUCGAUGUACAUUUGCUUUUGUCCCUCUGGUAUUCAUACUGAAGGUGAUGAUCAGCUUUCACACUUUUCAUGUACGUCCUCCUUUUUGUUUUUAAUACAUGAGUUCUAAAGUGGGAGCCACACACUGUAUGUUCAGGCCCCGUUCUGGUCGAGGCACCGUCAAUGCAGCACCUGACGCGGGAUGGUGGUGGGGGGUGGUUUCUGCUGAGCAUCAGCAAAAUUGACGGCAAAGGCAAGACAGCCAGGCAGCGCAGCGGCAGCACGAGAAGGGAGGGGGCCGAGGGUGUGGAAUGGUCCGUCAGAAAAAAACAACCCUCAAAACAAUCUGGACCAGUUCUCUUUCUGUCAGCAAAUCCUCCGGAGGAAGAGUAAUCGCAGAGCAGAAAAAGCUCCUUGUGCACUUCAGAGCACACAACAGCAGCACAGGCUCCAUGGCAGAGGAGCAGAAGCACUGGGAACCACGCAGUCACUCCUCACGCCUUCCGCAUUCCUCCUUUUUGUGUCUUGACCUUGUGUAUGUCUUCCUUUCUUUUUUUUCUUUUCUUUUUUUUUCUCUUUAAAUUGAGUUAUUUUUAAAGCAUUUCUACCUCAUGGCUACAAAACACACGUGGUAUUUGAUUUAUCCAAAUGUCAGACAUUUGGGGGGGGGAAAAAAAAUGCAUCAAAAAAAAAAAAUGAAAGAAAAAAAAAAUGAAUCGGAGAGAAUAACACAAUGACGUUUUUGCGCGGUCUACCUCAGAUGAACGUACUUAAAACAUUUAGCUGAUGGUGCAACCGCAGGCUACGACAUAGCCAUGUGUAUGUGUGUGAGUGUGUCUGUGUGUGUGUGUCAGACGGGGGCUAUAGGCUUGACACAGACAAACCCACACAACACACUUGCCUGACGUCCAAAAAACAUUCUCACAAGCGAUUUGUGAGAAGGGUACAGUUGGGGGUCGAUUUGAAAGGCGACCUGGAAAUGUAUAAUCCAAUACAUUUGCUUUAAUCUUUUGUGAACUACUGUGGUUGUGCGCGUGUGAAUGUGUAUAUAUGUGGGCACACCCUUCUGUUUUUUAUUUAGUGUGUUGAAUUUUAUAAAUUGUUAGUAUAUAUAACACACUUGCACAACUUAAAAACCAGAGUGUAACGUGUUUUCUGUUGUACAUACCUAUACAUACAAUACAAAUGCACCACUUGUUUAUAUGUGUGAAUAUGUUGCCAUACUUGCAGUCAAUGUAUUUUCAUGUAAUCUUAGGUACAAGCAGCAACGAACGAUUCAUUAAAGACAUUUUCUU